AUGGUGAUGAACAUAUUUCCUGACAAGAUCCUGAAGAUGAAGCGCCGUUGCUGCCCAGUGUUUUCUUUCAGAUCUUUCCUCUUUUUGUUUGGAGGCUGGUUCUACACCGUGACGGUAGCGAACCAAGAUAGCUGUCGGCGAGUCAAGUUCAUGAAAAAAAAGGAUGGAUAUGCAUUGGUGAAUCAUAUUUUAAAAAAUAUUUCAUUACCUGUCGGAAUGCACACGUAUAGUAACUGCAAGAAUAGGUGUAUGAUGGAAGACAGAUGUAAAUCAAUCAACAUGGGACCAGAAGAUAAAGAUAAAGUUUUGUGUCAGAUAAGUGACUCAGACCACGUUCAACACCCAAGUGAUUUGAAACCGACAGACGGCUUUACGUAUAGGGGCAUGGAGAACAAGUGUUGCCUCAGUAUGUGCCAUAACAACGCAACUUGCCUGGUUGGAUUUACGGACAAGGGAUACAAAUGUGUGUAUCAGGCUGGUUACAAGGGGGAACAUUGUGAAAAAGCAUUCAAAGCUGUUUUUACAAAUCUCAAUGCCACCGGAAGACGUGGUCCAACAUCGCUGGGCAGUCACUACACAGGUCAGGAUCAUGACGGACAAGUUACACUGAUCAGUGGUAUUCAACAGUGGACUGUGCCGUACACUGGUGACUACAGAAUAGAGGCAAUAGGAGCGGCAGGAGGGUAUGAUAAACACUCUAGCAGUGCUCAGUACCGAGGAAGAGGAGCAAGAAUGAUUGGAACAUUUCGCUUAAACAAGGGUGAAGUCAUCCAGAUAAUUGUAGGUCAAGAAGGAGGAAUAAACAAGCAGUAUUCUUCUUCCGGCGGUGGUGGAGGUACAUUUGUAGUGAGAGGAACUGACACACCUUUGAUAAUAGGUGGAGGCGGGGGAGGCGCACUAGCUGUUAAGUCAAGACAUGAGGGAUGCGACGCCAGUACAAACACAACAGGGAAUCCUGGAUACAAUUCAUGGUCAGGGGGGAGCAACGGACAUGGUGCAGAGACUGCUGAUAGUGGCAACUCAGGUGGUGGUGGUGGCGGGUUUUACUCCAGUGGAAGAAGUGGAAAGAAUUUCAAUGGCACCAAGGGAAACGGCGGAGAAGGUGGUAAGGGAUUUCUUCAGGGAGGCGAGGGUGGGAGAUCACUGCAUCACAAUGUUGUUGGUGGGUUUGGUGGAGGAGGUGGAGCUCUGGGAAUGGGGGCGGGGGGAGGAGGAGGAGGAGGAGGAGGGUACUCUGGGGGAAGCAGUGGAGAUGGUCAUCGUGAUUCCUGUGGGGGUGGGGGUGGCUCUUACAACGAUGGAAACAACCAGGACAAUGCGUGUUGUUAUGGUACGGCUGGUCAUGGUCAGGUGACUAUCACAUUACUCUGAAAUGAAAAAAUACGUGUAAUCAAAUAUAGUGAUGACGGAAUUAGAACUUAACUCUGUAUGAUUGGCAUUCCAAUUGAUUGAUAGCAGUCACUAAAAGUAUAAUCUAGCCCGAAAUUAAAGGAGGCUCUUAUCUACGACUAAAAGUACAAAA